AUGAGGGAUAUAAAGAAGACAAAUAAGAACAUGGAAAUGUGUUAUAAAGGGCUGCCAGGACGACCGGAGAAAUUCAUACUCCUCAUCUUUUACCUUCAACUGUGGUACAGGCCAAUAGCUGAAGCAAUUCACCCGGACUGCGCCAUCAUCUCAGAGCACCUGAGGGCUCGGGAGAUUUGUAGUCAGACGAGGAGAAGCGAAGCGCAAAACCAGACCGACCACAGCGGAUGUAAAACAGAGUGGGACGAUAUUGGAUGCUGGCUGAGAGCUGAAGUCGGGCAAGUGGUCAACGUAUCCUGCUCUGAAGUCUUCCAGCAUUUCUCCAGCAAUCAAGGGUUUGUUUACAGGAACUGUACUGCUGAUGGCUGGUCAGAAAUGUAUCCACCCUACGAGGAGGCCUGUGCUUUCAGCGAUGACAGCGAGCCUGAAUCUGAGACGAGUUACCUCUCCACAUUCAGACAGGUUUACACUGUAGGCUAUGCCACCUCGCUCAUCUCCCUCAUUACGGCCAUUGUGGUGUUCACAGCCUUCAGAAAGUUCCGCUGCACCAGAAAUUACAUCCACAUCAACCUGUUCUCCUCCUUCGUCCUGAGAGCCAGUGCCGUUUUCAUCAAAGACACUGUGCUGUUUGCUGAUGAAACCCUGGACCACUGCUCCGUGUCCACGACGGCGUGCAAGUCAGCCGUGGCUUUCUUCCAGUUCAGCAUCCUGGCCAAUUACUUCUGGUUGCUGGUGGAGGGUAUGUAUCUGCAGACCCUGCUGGCCCUGACCUUCGUCUCUCAGAGGAAAUACUUCUGGUGGUACAUCUUGAUUGGAUGGGGGCUCCCAUCAACAGUUCUUAUACUUUGGGUAUUGACCAGAUUCUUCUAUGAUGACACAGGUUGCUGGGAUGACACGGACAAAGUUGGUAUUUGGUGGAUUAUUAAAGGACCAAUAACAGCCUCGCUACUGGUCAACAUAGUCAUCUUCAUCAACGUGAUCCGGAUUCUGGUUCAAAAGCUCAAGUCUUCAGCUAUGGCCGGAAACAAUGAAACAGGACAUUUUAUGAGGCUGGCUAAAUCCACGCUGUUCCUUAUCCCUCUGUUUGGGAUGCACUACACAGUAUUUGCCUUCCUGCCUGAGAACACUGGAGUGGCAGCCAGAUUGUACAUCGAGCUGGGGCUGGGAUCCUUUCAGGGUUUUGUUGUGGCACUGCUUUACUGUUUCAUGAAUGGCGAGGUCCAAACAGAGCUGAGGAGGUGGCUGUGGAAGUGUCACAAUCAAAAUCAUCUCACCCCAGCUAAGCAAAGUAUUACCCAGAUCACAAUUCGAGCCCGCGGGGGGCUCGGGAGGCCUCCCUCUACUGGCAACAUCUCUUCGGUAUGA